CCUUUAUUGGUUGCUCGGUGGGGGCGACUCUUUCAGCUGCGGAACCGAGGUCAUUUCCGGGAUAAGAUGGCUGCAGUGCGUUUGCUGAGGUCCUGGAGCAGAAAUGCCAGGCGGCUGGUUUGUGUUCGCUAUUUUCAAACAAACAGUAGUGUUCAUGUUUUGAAGCCAAAGUGUGUGUGUUUCUUCGGUUACCCUUCAUUCAACUAUAGUCAUCCACAUCAGUUGCUGAAAACAACAGCUGCUCUACAUGGACAGAUUGUUCAGUUCAAGCUUUCAGACAUUGGAGAAGGGAUUAGAGAAGUAACUGUUAAAGAAUGGUAUGUAAAAGAAGGAGAUACAGUGUCUCAGUUUGAUAGCAUCUGUGAAGUCCAAAGUGAUAAAGCCUCUGUUACCAUCACUAGUCGUUAUGAUGGAGUCAUUAAAAAGCUCUAUUACAAUCUAGAUGAGAUUGCCUAUGUUGGAAAGCCGUUAGUAGACAUAGAAACAGAAGCUUUAAAAGAUUCAGAAGAAGAUGUCGUGGAAACUCCAGCUGUGUCUCAUGAUGAACAUACACACCAAGAAAUUAAGGGCCAAAAAACUCUGGCAACUCCUGCAGUUCGCCGCCUUGCCAUGGAAAACAACAUUAAGCUGAGUGAAGUUGUUGGCUCAGGAAAAGACGGCAGGAUACUUAAAGAAGAUAUUCUCAACUUCUUGGAAAAACAGACGGGAGCUAUAUUACCUCCCUCACCAAAAGCUGAAAUGAUGCCACCUCCAUCCCCACAAAAGCCAAAAGACAAGACUAUCCCCAUACCAGUAUCAAGACCUCCCGUAUUCACAGGCAAAGACAAAACAGAACCCAUAAAAGGCUUUCAAAAAGCAAUGGUCAAGACAAUGUCUGCAGCUCUAAAGAUCCCUCACUUUGGCUAUUGUGAUGAGGUUGACCUUACCGAGCUAGUUAAGCUACGAGAAGAACUGAAACCCGUCGCUUUGUCACGCGGAAUUAAACUUUCCUUUAUGCCCUUCUUUUUAAAGGCAGCUUCCUUGGGAUUGUUACAGUUUCCUAUCCUUAAUGCCUCUGUGGAUGAAGGAUGCCAGAAUAUAACAUAUAAGGCUUCUCAUAAUAUUGGGAUAGCAAUGGAUACUCAGCAGGGUUUGAUUGUCCCCAAUGUGAAAAACGUACAGAUAUGCUCUGUGUUUGAGAUUGCCACUGAACUAAACCGCCUCCAGAAACUGGGCACUGCGGGGCAGCUCAGCACCACAGAUCUUACUGGAGGGACAUUUACUCUUUCCAACAUUGGAUCUAUUGGUGGUACCUAUGCCAAAGCAGUGAUACUGCCGCCAGAAGUAGCCAUUGGGGCGCUGGGAUCCAUUAGGGCCCUUCCUCGAUUUAACCAGAAAGGAGAAGUGUACCAGGCACAGAUGAUGAAUGUGAGCUGGUCAGCUGACCACAGAAUUAUUGAUGGUGCCACAAUGUCACGCUUCUCUAAUUUGUGGAAAUCCUACCUAGAGAACCCAUCGUUUAUGCUACUAGAUUUGAAAUGAAGAUUGAUAAGACAUUCUUGAACUUUUUGAGCUUCCAAAGAAUGUGUACAGCCUAGUUGUGCCAGCACAUGUUUUCUGUUACAACUUCUCUGUGCUUUGUAUUGUAUGAUUAAGAUUCUAAGACACUAUUCUGUUAGACCUUUUACUGAAAAAGAAUGGUGGUGUAAUGGGGAUUCUCCUGGCACAUUUUACAGGUCAGAGUAUGACUUAACACGGUGCUGAGGUGUUUAUGUCGAUGGGUUGGAACUGUUAGAUGGUAAAAUCAAUAUUACUAAAAGACAAGCAGCCAUAUACAUACUGUGUUUGUCCUCUGUUCUCUUCCUUCCUUUUUUUUAUUAUUCCUUUCCUUUUCUUUCCUCUUUUCUUCUGUUUUUCUUCCUUCCUUUUUUCCACCCUUCCUUCCUUCCUUCACAGAUUCUUAAUGAAAUUUUGAAUUUUACACAUUUGGGGAAAGGAAUUUAUAUAAAAGAUAUUUUCCAUUUCCCUACAAUUAUUCUAAUUAGUAUAUGAAGUGCAAUUAUACUUAUCUUUUAAAAUAUGUGAAUAUAUUCAAUGUAGUUUAUUAUCUCUGUCUUGUUUAUAAAAAUUAGCAUCUUUGAAAAAAAAGCAAUUAUCACCUGGUGUUAAAAAUGUCCAAUUAUAGUUUUAAAACCAGUAAAGUUGUUAAAGGUA